AUGGAGGGGAAAGAGGAGGACGUUAGGCUUGGAGCGAACAAAUUCUCCGAGCGACAGCCACUGGGGACCUCGGCCCAGACCAAGGACUACAAGGAGGCGCCUCCGGCGCCGCUGUUCGAGCCCGGCGAGCUGCAGUCAUGGUCGUUCUGGAGGGCCGGCAUAGCAGAGUUCAUGGCCACUUUCCUGUUCCUCUACAUCACGAUCUUGACGGUGAUGGGGCUCUCAAGGUCCGGGAGCAAGUGCUCGACGGUUGGGAUUCAGGGGGUUGCUUGGGCUUUUGGUGGGAUGAUUUUUGCCCUUGUUUACUGCACUGCUGGGAUUUCCGGUGGGCACAUAAAUCCUGCUGUGACAUUCGGUCUUUUCCUUGCAAGGAAACUGUCUCUUACUCGGGCGGUUUUCUACAUUGUGAUGCAAUGCCUUGGUGCCAUCUGUGGUGCUGGUGUUGUCAAGGGCUUCCAGCCUUCUUUCUACCAGGCUAAUGGUGGAGGUGCCAACACUGUUGCCCAUGGCUACACCAAGGGUAGCGGCCUUGGUGCUGAGAUUAUCGGCACUUUUGUCCUUGUCUACACCGUCUUCUCAGCUACCGAUGCCAAGAGAAAUGCCCGAGACUCUCAUGUCCCUCUUUUGGCUCCCCUUCCCAUUGGAUUUGCUGUUUUUCUGGUUCACUUGGCCACCAUCCCCAUUACCGGCACCGGCAUCAACCCUGCCCGCAGCCUUGGUGCUGCUAUCAUAUUCAACAGAGAUCACGCAUGGGAUGACCACUGGAUAUUUUGGGUUGGGCCUUUCAUUGGAGCUGCACUUGCUGCUCUCUAUCACCAGGUUAUCAUUAGGGCCAUCCCUUUUAAGAGCAGCAACUAA